CUUCCAUCACAAGCAUCCCCUGCCCUUGCCGCCUCAGCUCUCCUUUAAUGCCAGUGAGGGCAUCUCCAAUCCCAAAUCCUUUUGGUAUUUGAUCUCACGUUCAUCAUCCAUCCUCUCUCUGGUCCUCCGCGCUGUUUUUUAAGCUUGGUGACGAGGACUAAUGAUGCCGACAACUGCAAGAAAACGCGCUUCAACGCCCAGGAGUAAAAAUGGCUGUGUCACUUGCAAGAUAAGAAGACUCAAGUGCGGCGAAGAGAAGCCGAGUUGCCUUCGGUGCAUCAAAUCAGGGUGGCAUUGCGAUGGCUAUGAGCAUGUCCCCAAGCUGCCCUCUGCCGGGACUAUGGGUCUAGCACCAAUCCGAUCCCGAAGUCUAUCUAUGUCUCCAUCUGCUUCACCAACUCCCUCUCAAUCUACUCCAUUUGCAGUCCCCCACCUUGACGACCAAGAGGCUGCAUACUUCCAAAUUUUCUUCAAAGACGUGGCUCCGCAGUUCCAAGAUUAUCUUCUCUUUUGGGAUUAUGCGAUGAAAGAAAGCAAGUCGUCUUAUUCUAUUCGACAUGGACUCGUAGCUCUCGGAGCCUUGUCCAAGAGCGCAAAGCGGUCCCCCUCCAACCAUUAUCGAGUCGAUCUCACACAAGGCACUCACAGGGAGACCGCGUUAGAGCAAUACCAGAAAGCCCUUCAAAGUCUACGAGAGUCGAUUGGAGGCGUCGAUCAGAGCCACACUGUGCGCACUACUCUCAUCUCUUGUCUUAUUCUUUUCUGUUUUGAAAACUUCCUUGGUCAUGGAGGCUUCUCACUUCAACAUAUAACAUGGGCCCGACACAUCCUAUCUACCUCAGUGCCUCCCAAGACGAACCUGUCGAGUACGAUGGACGGUGGUGAGGGAGAAGACAUCGUGAUGAGUGGCUUUUACUUGAUGGAUUUGCAAGCGUUGUGCUUGCUAGGUGCCGAUGAGACUCGCACCUACUUCAUGUUCGAUCAACGAAAUCCGAUUGUUCCCGUUCCCUUGCCAGCCAAAUUUGUUACCCUUAAUGAAGCCAAGGCCGCGCGAAAUGUUCUGGUUUGGAACGGAUACAGGACAGUCUAUCAGACAGACUUUUAUCAGUAUGGCCCGAAGGAAGCCAUCCCCUCAUCGGCCGUUGAAAUGAGGGACUAUCUCGUCAGGCAAAUCUAUACUCUCCACGAACAGAUAGAUCUGCUUCUGCUGGACAGCAAGCCUGAUCUCCACUUGCACCCGCUUUCUCGACCCGAAGCCAUCAAGGUCUAUUCGACGACACUCCUCAUCAGACUUGCGAUGUCUUUGCAGGCUCCACAAACUACGUCUGAUGUACUAUUACCAGAGUUCGAGUACUUGUUAUUAAUGGCAAGAAGAGCUCUUGAAUACGAAGCUGAAGGUUGUCAAUUGAUACAAGGUCAGUGAAAUGAAAUUACUCUUGUCGCAGCUGAUUCUACCGUCGACCUGGCAACCAAGCACUCUGAAACAAUACCUAACACACCCGAUAGAAGGCGAAGUUUACUGUGUUGAAAUUCGUACACUGAACAUACUCCACCUUGUCGCCACUAGAUGCCGCGAGCCUUCAAUACGACGUCAAGCAAUUGCUCUUCUCCUCGCGGUUCAUCGAAGGGAAUCCAUGUAUGACUCUAUCUUGGCUGGCAAGGUUGGUCAAUGGAUGAUGGACAUUGAAGAAGAGGGGGUUGACGAGAACGGC